UGCUACCACGCUGUCAUGGCGAUAAAAAAUAACACUGCAAAAAAUAAUGAAGUAUUGUAGUAGUAGAACAAGAAUGACGUAAAAUUAAACCUUGAUGAAAUAAGUUUGCUACAUGACGCAAUAGAGUGUUUGUAUGGGUUCAUGAGAUUAUUUUUUCCGAAUAGACAGUCAGAGAAGAAUUCGAUGAAUUGGUGAAGUCCGAUUUUCUUUGAAGCAAAUAAAAGUGGCACCAUGGAUUCACCGCAAGAAGGAGGAGUUGAUAUAAGCGGCCGUACUAGGAAAUUUGGCUUACCUAACUGGAUGGUAAAUAACAUUGAGCGCCUGAAUUUUGCCACAGAUUUUGAAGAAUAUGCCAGUAGCCCACCUGAGACUGAAGGAUUUUUAUCAGAGUAUAUGGAAAACCAUGACAAAAUGGAAACUUAUUCAGAUAGCAGUCAUUCCAUAUCUGAACAUAAUAAUGUGUAUGAAAAUUCAAAAACUACCUCAGAAAACAUGCCGUCAUCAAAUCUUAUUAUGAAUGCCUUGAAUGAGCGUGUUUCUCCACAAUGUCAUUCCCUUUUGACCAAUUUCAAGCAUGAGGACCUGUAUUCCUCACCUGAUAGCACACCUUGCGCUACUCCUGAACCUUCACCCGUGAUUCGGCGCAAAUUGAGCAUUCCUCAGCCCAAUGACACCAUCCAAACCAAUCCUGGCAGAUGGUUUUAUAUGGGAAAAUUUAAGAAACCAGAUAAGCAGUCUAUUCUUGCUAACUGCAAUAAAGAAAAUCAAAGCAAUACUCAGCAAGAAAGAGAUGCAGUGAAAGAUCAGGAUAAAUUUGCAAAACCUAGUAAACCAGCCAUUCAGUUAGUCAUUUCUAAUUUUGACUUAAAUGCUGUGAGUCCAACUUCAUGGUAAUUUCUUCAUUUUGCAUUUUUUUUUCUGUCAUUGGCACAUUUUGCAUUGUGUUAUUUGAUAAAUAUAUAUGUGUCUAUUAGCAUAAUGUAUAUCAUUUGAUGUAUUUCAUUUACAUUUGUAAAUUGCAAAUUAGCAAUAUUGUUUUGGGUCUGGAAGUCAUAUUUUUGGAUUUUUGAUAAAAAAGAAAAAAGGCUGAAUUUUUGUCAGUUAUUUUUCUAUUAAUAAUUUGAUAAAACCCUUUUCUUGUCUGAGAAUAUUUUCUUUUAAAUUUAAUCACACUUGUACCACAAUAUUUGGCACAAAAGAAGUAUUGACAAAUGAAAUUUGAAAGUAAUAUAGGAGAAUUUUCAUUACAAAUUUAAUAUAUUAACAAGUAUUGAAAUAAAUUAUUUUACUUUAAAAUUAAUAUAUUUUCUUUAAAAUGAAAUGUAUACUAUGACUAGCAAAAAUUUCGAAAAUAAAUGUAUUAGGUCUUCAAGUUUGUUUCUGGACAAAUUUCUCCAUUAUAUAAAUAAAAUGUUUUUAUUUAUACUUGAAAUAUAAAUUUGUUUUGUAAGAUUUAUAUUGUUAAAGUUUUCUGGGAAUAACAUAUUUAGUUAAAUCAUUAUCAUAUUGAUUCGUAAAGUUUUUUUUUUAUUUCCUCCUCCCAGCUGGUAGUUUUGAAAAUUUUAUUUUUUUUUAAAUUAUUUUUCAGAUUGUUACAGAGUAUUAUUUUGCCCAUAAAAUUCAGAAUUUAUUUGUUUAAUAGAAAACAUUUAUCCAUUAUUGUUACAUAAAUUUUUAAUUCACAUUAGUAUAAUUUAAUUACAUUAUAUUGAUUUUUAAACAUUUCAUUAAUUUUUAAAAUUUUGCAAUUUGUAGUAAAUGAUUAUAGUCAUCUACUUGAAUAAAAUGUGUUAACUAAACUCUUAAUUUAUUUGUAAACUAUGCAUUAUUUAUUUAUAAUCUUGUAACUGUUUUUGUGAUUAGAAUUUUAAAAUCACUUAUAUUCAGUUGCAUUGCAAAACUACAGUGUCUGUGUCCGAGAGCAAUAAUACUGUUUUUAAGUGCAAUAAUUUGGUUUGACGAAGAUGCUAUUUUUAUAUUACAAUGCUGUUUAAUGCAACAAAGAUUAGAAAUAAUCUUUUGAGAAAUGUUUUGCAUAAUAUACAGCAAUAUCAUAAACCAUUCAUCAUUAUUUAUAUACAAUUAGAAGCAACUUAUUUUGUUUAAUUACUUUGCCAUUUCAAUUUUUGCAAUUUUUUAUAUAGUAUAAUAAUUAGCUAUAUUCUUGCUAUUCUAAAUGUGCUACAGUUUGUUAAAAAAAAAAAAAAAAGGGCUUUUGUAAAAAGAAAAUUGUGUAUAAGGGAUCAAAGUAAAGAUUAACAUCUUUUAUUUAAUAUAUAUAUAAAUUUUUAUACAUGACAUCAAAAUGCAUUGUUCAUCCAUAAAAGAUGUCUUUUUGUGUUUUAUCUCUCUCUUCACAUAUUAGUAUGCAGUUUUGAUGUUCGCAAAUUUUUGUAUUCAUUUACUUGCUGAAAUGUAAUUAUCAAGAAUUUGGUUAUUUCAAAGAGCAUUAACAUUUUUGAGCAAUUUAUUCAUGUUCGUGCCUGCAUUAAUAUGCAUUGACAAUUGUACAACUUAUUGUAGAAAUUUUUUAUAUCCUUGAAAAAAAAAAUGUGUUCCUGAAAAUCAACUUUGUGGCAUUCAGAUGGCACAUUAGAUAUUUUCUAAUGGCUUUUUCAUAUGCCAACUUAACAGUUGAUAUACUGUAUGCCAUGAAAAAAUGUUUAGGUGUUGUUCAGAAUAAAACUUAUGUGAAUAUUUAUUGUCAUAGAAAUAGCAACUGAGUAGCAAGCAUAUGCUAUGAAAACUGAUAAACUAUAUAUAUAUAUUUAUUUAGUAAAAGAAAUGUUUUCUUCAUUUUAUUUUCUCUUAUGGUAAUUCUUUCAGGAGUAACUUUUUUUAAUAACAAUAAUAAAUUCAACUUGUAAUAAUAAUAUACUUCUAAUUCUCUUUUUAAUUCUAUUUCUAUUCUUCAGUAAUUUCUAAUAAAUUCAACAAAUGCUGAAAGAGUUGUAGGUUUCUUUCCUUUUAGAUGUAUACGUGAAUUGACUUUGGUUUCAUAAAGAAAAAAAAUUAAAUCUGCCCCCGAAAGGAUUAUCUCUAGUGAAAAAAUAAGCAUAAAAUAUUAUAUGAUUGUUAUUAUGCAUAUUUUUUUAAAAAUGAUAUUGAUUUUCAUUUAGCUUAAUUGAUUUUAAUGGACGUUAUUAGAUUAAAGGAAAAUAUGUAUUCUGUUAUUAUAAUAUCCUAAUUCUGAAAUUUGAUUUCUGUUCUCAAUUAUAAAACAGAAUGAGAUAUUAUACAGGAAAAUAUAAUAGUUAAAAUUAAUGCCAAGCAUUAAAGCAUGUUUUAUAUUAAUAUAAGGUGCACUAAUUUGUAUUUUUUAAAUUGCAUUUUCAUUUUGUUCAUGUUUUCUUGUAAAUUUUUGUAUGUAUUUUUUAUUUGUAUUCAAUGUAUAUAGUCAGUCAUUGA